CCUCCCUCGGCUAUCACUUCCUGAUUCCCGCUUCCUGCUUCCCAGAGGCCGGGAUCCGGAGCCGCCCGAGGUCGCCGCCGCAGUCCCCGGCGCCCCUGGGGAGCGGAGAGCGGUGAGCGGUGAGCGACAUGUCCUUCCGAAAAGUUGUGCGGCAGAGCAAAUUCCGGCAUGUAUUCGGUCAGCCGGUCAAGAAUGACCAGUGCUAUGAGGACAUUCGAGUGUCCCGAGUUACCUGGGACAGCACCUUCUGCGCAGUCAACCCCAAGUUCCUGGCAGUGAUUGUGGAAGCCAGUGGUGGAGGCGCCUUUAUGGUGCUUCCUCUAAACAAGACGGGCCGCAUUGACAAGGCCUACCCGACAGUGUGUGGGCACACGGGGCCUGUUCUGGAUAUUGACUGGUGUCCCCACAAUGAUGAAGUCAUUGCCAGUGGAUCAGAGGACUGCACUGUCAUGGAUGAUCCUGGAAUGUUCAGCAGCCUCUCACAGGCCAGUCUAACAGGGGAAGUGAUGCCUGCAAAGAUGGUGGCCCGGAUCAGUUCAAGAGGCGGGGGCAGAGUGGGCCUAGUGGGCUGAUGGUCCUACGAGUGCAUGCCUGGCUACCUGAGCUGAUGACCGCUUGCCCAUCAGGUUGUGACAAUGUGGUACUUAUCUGGAAUGUGGGCACUGCAGAGGAGCUGUACCGUCUGGACAGCUUGCACCCCGACCUCAUCUACAACGUGAGCUGGAACCACAAUGGCAGCCUCUUUUGCUCAGCUUGCAAGGACAAGAGCGUCCGAAUCAUCGAUCCUAGGCGGGGCACCCUGGUGGCAGAACGUGAAAAGGCUCACGAGGGGGCCCGGCCCAUGCGGGCCAUCUUUCUAGCUGACGGGAAGGUGUUCACCACAGGUUUCAGCCGCAUGAGUGAACGGCAGCUGGCGCUCUGGGACCCAGAAAACCUUGAGGAGCCCAUGGCCCUGCAGGAGCUGGAUUCAAGCAAUGGGGCUCUACUGCCCUUUUAUGACCCAGACACCAGUGUGGUCUAUGUCUGUGGCAAGGGCGAUUCCAGCAUCCGGUACUUUGAGAUCACAGAUGAGCCCCCCUACAUCCACUUCCUGAAUACAUUUACCAGCAAAGAACCCCAGAGGGGUAUGGGCAGCAUGCCUAAGAGGGGCUUGGAGGUCAGCAAGUGUGAAAUUGCCAGGUUCUACAAACUGCAUGAACGCAAGUGUGAGCCCAUAGUCAUGACUGUGCCAAGAAAGUCUGACCUCUUCCAGGAUGAUCUGUACCCUGACACAGCCGGGCCUGAGGCUGCUCUUGAAGCAGAGGAUUGGGUGAGCGGUCAGGAUGCUAAUCCAAUCCUCAUCUCACUACGGGAAGCCUAUGUGCCCAGUAAACAACGGGACCUGAAGGUCAGCCGGCGCAACGUGCUAUCAGACAGCAGGCCUGCCAGUUACAGCCGCUCCGGAGCCUCCACAGCUACUGCAGUUACUGAUGUCCCCAGUGGCAACCUUGCUGGGGCUGGUGAAGCUGGGAAGCUGGAAGAGGUGAUGCAGGAGCUCCGGGCACUCCGGAUGCUGGUCAAGGAGCAGGGAGAACGUAUCAGCCGCCUGGAGGAGCAGCUGGGCCGCAUGGAGAAUGGGGAUACAUAGGACCACCAGGGACCUGCUCCCGACACUGCCUCCUCCAACCCUUCCCACCUAGCUUCUGUGGCCAGGUCACACCAGGCAGUUGGCUGCUCAGUGCCUCUGUGGCAGGUCACAGCCAGUUUGCACCUCUCCACAGCCUGGGGCCCAGGUUGGAAGCACCACCUGACUUUUGGAAGAUUUUUGUACCAAGGCAAAUUCCCAAGUACUUUAAGGGACCAUCUCCUCGACCUGCCCAACCCACUGCCCCCUCACCAGAAAAAGCAGCAGAGAUGGGGUCUAUAUUUUCAUUCCAAAUAAAAUGCUCUUUCUAAAGCCA